ACGUCAUCGGGCCGCGCCGGGGGGGUUGCCAUGGUGACGGCGGCCAUGGAGGGCGGCGGAGGCGGCGGGCGGCCCUCGGCCCUGCAGGCCGCGCUGCUGGCGGCCAGCGCCGCCCUCACGGCGCUGCUGUGCUCCGCGUACCGCCGCAAGGCCCGGCUGGCCCGCGGCCUCCAGGGCGCCAGGAGGCUUCGGCUGGACGGGGAGCUGCGGGCCGUGCUGCUGGAGGCGCCGGGGCGCUGCGUGCCCUAUGCUGUCAUCGAAGGCGUGGUGCGCUCCGUGAAGGACACCCUGAGCAGCCAGUUCGUGGAGGACUGCAAGGGCGUGGUGCAGAGGCUGACGCUGCAGGAGCACAAGAUGGUGUGGAACCGAACCACCCACCUCUGGAACGACUACGAGAAGGUGAUCCACCAGCGCACCAACACGGCCCCCUUCGACCUGGCCCCUCCGGAGGAUGACGCCGGCGUCGCCGUGAGGGUGAUGAAGCCGCUGGACGCCGCCGAGCUCAGCCUGGAGACGGUGUACGAGAAGUUCCACCCCUCGGUGCAGUCCUUCACCGACGUCCUCGGCCACUACAUCAGCGGCGAGCGCCCCAAGGGCAUCCAGGAGACGGAGCAGAUGCUGAAGGUGGGAACGGCGCUGACGGGCGUGGGGGAGCUGGUGCUGGACAGCAACACCAUCAGGCUGCAGCCGCCGAAGCAGGGCCUGCGGUACUACCUGAGCGGCGAGGACUUCGACGCCUUGCUGCAGAAGCAGCAGGCCAACGUCAGGCUCUGGAAGAUCCUCACCGUCCUCUCCGGCUUCGCCACCUGCGCCGUCCUCUUCUUCCUCCUGCGGAAGCAGUACCGGCACCGCCGCGAGAGGCAGCGCCUCAAGCAGCUGCAGGCCGAGUUCCGGCGUGCCCAGGAGCAGCGGCUGAAACGCGAAGCGACCGCGGAGGGCGCGGAGACGCCGAAAAACGCCUGCGUGAUCUGCCUGAGCAACGCCAAGGCCUGCGUCUUCCUCGAGUGCGGCCACGUCUGCUCCUGCAGCGAGUGCUACCGCGCCCUGCGGGACCCCAAGGCCUGCCCCAUCUGCAGGCAGCCCAUCGCCAGGGUGGUUCCCCUCUACAACAGCUAAACCCCCGCGCCCUGGGGGGGGGUGGGGGGAGGAUGGGGGCUUUUU